AUGGUUUACGUUUCCGAGUACAAGCCGCCCCACAAGCUGACCGCUCCGCACCUUCGCCUCGGUCUCCGCCCCAUGGACAUCUACAGGGAAGUUGUGAACCGAAGGACGAUUCCAACUUCUAUUAACCCUGACGCGCGUUUCCAGUACCACGCGGAGAAGCUGACGGCAUCUGCCAUCACGCAGACGUAUCACUACAUGAUUGAAAGCGGCCUUGGGUAUGGUCUUCUUACUACUGGCGAGGCUAUUGUGUUUCUCAACAUCGACUGGGACGACGACCCUGAGACUCUGUACUAUCAUCUAGCAGAGCCUGGUCCGGAGGUGUCGGCACAUCCAAACAACCUCCAUAUAUGCACGGCUGUCGGUCAAUAUCUAGCGUUCACCCUCAUGGCUCUCGCUAUGAAUGGCUUGAAGAGGUGGUCUGAGGACUUCGAAUCGACAUUCCGUUCUAUCCCAGAAAAUGAACGAUCGGUGUCGUCAGCCUACUCUCCUGGCCAUGAACCUACCACCUACAAGGAUGUCGAUCGGUCGCCGGCCUUGCCGCGCAGAAGGACGCGUCGAACUGCCAAGUGCCAGAUUGGCGAGGGGUCGUUGAGGAAGGACGGCAAGCCGGAGCCAUCUGAUGACGAGUCGGCAUCCAGGCCACCGGACACGCCUACGCCAACUGGACGAAACACAAGACAAGGAACCAGGCGGAGCCGGCGACUGGCGUUGCGGCCGCCGCGCGGAGACGGCGAGCAGGGUCGGCAGUACUUGCCCGAACGUGGCGCUUCACUGCGGGAGCUGCGCUACCGCCCGCGCACGUCAUCCUGUCGACCACAAGGAGUGGCUUCGCCUACUCCGGAAGCAGCUGGAACAGUCUCUCGACGACGGGAUCAGGCCAUUGGGGAAGGUGGUGCGCGGGGUGUGCUUUUCCAAGUGACCCUACUUGCUCAUGGCUACACCUUUGUCAGCAAGGGCACGGUGCGGGCUUUCAUCAAAGAUCUCCAGCACGAGGCUGCUGUCUACGAGCGUCUCAAGCCAGUGCAAGGCGUCCACGUGCCCGUUUUCCUGGGUGCGGUUGACCUUCGAUCGAUGAACAAGACUUACUACUACGACCACCGGGUCUACGUGAGGGCUGGCGACAUGGGCAGGUCGCUCGAAGGCGAGGCCAUUCGGUCCUUGAGAGCCAUGCAUCGAGAGCGCGUGGUCCACAAAGACGUGAGGCUCGCAAACAUGUUAUUCAAUCCCGAGACCGGCGGGAUUAUGGUGAUCGACUUUGAGCGGGCUUUGCUGCUCAACCCGCCUCGACGUCCGCUGGCGCAGCUGGUGCCGAACAAGCGAGCGUGGCAGUCGGAGACGAUGGAUGGCAAGAAGGUAACUGGUGAUUCGAGCAAGCGAAGUCGGUCAAGUCAAAGCUUUUAG